CAUUCAUCUUAAUUUAGCAUGUCCAGAGGCCACCAGAUUCGAAAUGGAGUCCACAGCAUUGAAGACUAGUGCGCAUGGUGCCUUUGAAAGCCUCCGUCCAUCUUGUGUUCAGUUGACGAUGGAGCAGACGGUGCAGAAUGUUCAAAACCUACGCAAACAGAUAUCAUCCACCGAUGUGUUUGCCCUUCAAGACCUUUUGGAUUACGUGCUGUUCCCUUUGAGAUUCUCCCUUAAGACACCAGGGCCUAAAAAGCCUGGUUUGGUGCAAGCUGUUCUGGAAUGUAUUUCAUAUGUUCUGUCUCUGACUCAUGUGAAAAGUUCUGUAUCCUUAAAGGAGAUGUUCGAUGAAGUCUGCAGCUGCCUUCCAACAGAUCUUCGUCAGCCAAUGCCUGAGGAGCUGAAGCUGGCAGUAGUUUUAGCUAUGCAGUCUCUUCUUCGAUCCUCAGGGGCGAACAUCCUACCUGUGCUUUAUAAACCAUCAGUGCUUCCUGAGAUGGGCUUUGCCAUCAGUCUUCUACUUAGACUUGCAGAGUUGGAGAAAUCACGGGAAGUUCGGCUGGAAGCUUUGAAAUGUUUGGAGAGAUUGCUGUUUCCGGAGGUCAAGCAGGACUUUUCUUUGGGUGACCUCUUUGCUUCUUUUCUUCCUGGAGUCUGUACGGUCUUGACCAGGAUCAUCUGUGGAGAUCCAAAGCAAGGGUACAGGCUAUCAACUGCUGCAGUUAAGCUGUGGGCUGGUACUGUAAGCUUGGUGAUGUCUGACGAAAGUCUGGCACGGGUGCCCGAGAAGAAACCCCAUUACCCGGGGCUGUCAGUCCGUGUAGCAGAACUUUUAGUUCACAGGGAAAAAACUUGGGUGAAAAACUCUGCUAGUCGCUUGUUGAUUCAUUUGGAAAAGAUCAGAGAAUGUUGCACUGUUGAUCCGCAUUGGAAAGUAAGGAUGGCAUUGGUGGAUCUAGCUCAUCUCUUGAUUCGAUCAUGCUGGAAUUCAUUAGGGGAUGCUGCAGGGAGCCUUUUACGGAUAUUAGUUGGGCACAUGAAUGACGAGAGGCCUGAAGUCAAAGAGAAGGCAAAUGAAGCUCUGCUGGAAUUAGGAAAGGAUGGGCCAGCUUCAAGGACACUAGGGGAAGUGUUGUCAGAAAGCCUUCAUUCAUUGGCUGUGACACUUCCAAGGCUCCUGAGCUCUCAGGAUGACCAAGGCAAGCUCCACACUCUAGCACUACUUCUUGGAUAUCUUCAGCUGCUUGGCCCCAGGCUUACAUUCACUCUUCACUCUUCUGCCCAUCUUCAGCGGUUGUCUUUUGCUCUCCUGCAGACAUUAGAGCUGGAUUUGUGCUCCGUCAAGGUGGUGGAAGAAAGACUUUCCUCUUCUGUUGCCAAUCUUACACAAGAGAACAUAGAACACACUGGACUUCAGCAGAAAAACUUCCGCUUCUUUAGAGACCCACGUAUUCUCUCCUCUCUUCAACAUGUUUGCAGGCUUUUAGGGUACUACGGAGACUUUUACUUGCUUACAGACCACUUUCUGGGAUUAUACCGUGCACAGAGACUCCCUGCUCUGGUUGUACUGAACCAGCUCGUGUUAGGGGCAGCCGGCAUUGAAGUUGAAGCACUCCACGGUGGCAACAAGAUCCUAGAAGCUGCUGAACUUUUGGAUGCAGUGCGCCCACUUUUGGAAGAGUACACAGAUCCAGUCAACUGGCAUAUAUGCACUUCCCACAAUACCCAUGAUGAAGUGGUAGAUCAGAUGGCUUUACUCCGAGUUGGUCAGAAGCCUAAUUCAGCAAUAAGUGACUUGAGUGCCAAUGCCUGGAAGUUGUGCCUCCAACUGGAGGGAAUUUCUUGCAUUGCCCAGGCUCUAGGCACUAAUUUUCGUCAACUCCUUAUAUCUACUUUGUACCCCCUAUUGGAGAAAGCUGGUGAUCCUUCUUUAUUGGUUAGCGGAACGGCAUUAGUGACUUUGGCAAAUGUUAGCCAAACCUGUGGCUACAAAGAUAUCAAGCAGCUUGUUGAGCUCAAUGCAGAUUACUUGGCAAGUGAGGUUUCUGUUGGCCUACGUCGCCUUCAAAGACAUCAUGGGGGUGCUGCACGAGUAUUACACGCUAUGUUAGAUAACUGUAGCCCCAGUCUUCUUCCGUUACUCCAUGCUCUUGUCCAGGACCUGCUUCCAGCAUUGGACCAUUCACAGAAUGAAGGCGCUAAAAUGCUUUUCCCUGUGCUGAAUUGUCUUGUCAUGAGAUUAGGGAAGUGGUUCUCUCCACCGGAGAGCACUGAAGAUCCCCCAUUGACCUAUACGUCCAAUGAGUCCCAAGUGCAUUGUGGGAGCUUGUCGCAUGAUAUUAAGGAGUUUCUUCAAGAUCAUAUAAAGCAAUAUCGGCUAGCAAGAGGAGAUAUGGAAAAAGAGGACGUUGCAGAUGUGUCACCUCCACCAGAUGAAGCCAAAGAUGAGGAGACGCCACCAUUGCCCAUCCAUGUUAAGAUUUCCAAAGAGGUGGCAGAAAAAUGUACCCACUUCUUGUCACACAAUGAUCCACAGAUCCGAUUACAGGCCCUGGACACGUUGCGGCUAUCGUUACUACCCAUACGUUCUCAGGAAGAUGUGCUUCUGCCUCUUGCACAUAAAACCUGGCCAUGUCUAGUAAAAAGACUGUUACACGAUGAACCACUGGUCCUUUUGCGAGCCUUUCAGGUGUUGAUAUCUUUUGCUUCCUCAUGUAAAGACUUCCUGCGACAACGUGUGUGCAAAGAUGCCCUUCCUGCCUUUUUGACGUCCCUGCGUUCCCAGGCACUUGUCAGCUGUCACGCUGGGCCUGUAUACAGCCAUACGCUGGGCUUUAAACUCCAGAUAGCCUUACUGGAUGGCUUGGGGACCCUUUGUGUGGAUUUGGCAUUGGGAGACAGCGAUCUGCUGGAGGUGAUUGAUUCUUGCAUGUUGUACCUGAGCGCCCGGCAGCCCAAAAAACUUCAGGAAGCUGCAAUCCGGUGA